GAAAGGUUCCUGCCAUCGAAACAGUUGAAAAAAAACGCCACUACAAAAAAAAAGAGGAAGAAGAGGAGCGAGAAGGACAAGGUGGAAGAGAGGAACAAGGGGUCCAGUACGAAUAUCAAAGGGGAAAGAAAGGAAAAGAAAAAGCAGUAGAAUAUGAAGAAAAUAAUGCUGAAGAU